AUGUGGAGUCAAAGCAUCGGAAAGGCCGGCGCACAACGUCGACUCUUCACAGCUCGCUUUGGCUCCUCUUUGUCGGCAUGGUCCCGACAGCCACCGAAACGCUCUCGAGGCAUCAGUACUCGCCCAGACCUUGCUUCAACCAACAAAGCAAGGCUGAUUCUCGGCAUCGAAACGUCAUGUGACGAUUCGUGCGCAAGCAUCGUCUCCUCUGACCGCACCAUCCUAUCGUCCAUCGUGACCAAGCAAGACCACUCGUCCACUGGCGGCAUCCACCCGCUCUCCGCCGCACUCGGACACCAUGCCAACCUUCCGGCCACUAUCGCUACUGCCAUUGAGCAGGCUCGCAUCGCUGCGUCCGAGCUCGACGCCAUCGCGGUCACGCAAGGUCCCGGAAUGGCGAGCUGUCUCGGUGUUGGGCUGUCAGCGGCAAAGACACUCUCGGCUGUGCUCCGUAAACCGCUGAUCUACGUUCAUCAUAUGCAGGCUCACGCGCUGACCCCAUUGUUAACAGAAACGCAUCCGCCAACGUUUCCGUUCCUGGUGCUGCUCGUUUCUGGAGGACAUACGAUGCUCGUCCUCGCCCGCAGCGUUACGGAAUUUCGCAUUCUAGCUACGACGAAGGACGACUCGAUCGGUGACGCUUUCGACAAGGUCGCUCGCGAUUUGGGCAUCCCUUGGACUUCGGCUCCGGGGGCAGCACUUGAAGCGCUCGCAGCACGGUCUGCAACUGAAGGAGAGGACAUUGUGUUUCCGAUACCCUGCAAAGGCCAACCGUUGUUCUCAUACUCGGGUCUCAAAGCCGCGGCUCAGCGACACAUUGAUUCCCGCGGUGGUAGCGGCAUGGCCGAAACUGAAAAAGCGUCCAUCGCAGCUGCCUUUCAGCGUGCAGCAUGCGCACAGCUCGAAGAUAAGCUUAGCAUGCUUCUUCGGCCUUCUCAUUUGACGCAAGAUUCGCGUCAUCGGCCGUACCCGCGCAUCCACCUCGACAGUAAAGGAGGCGCAGGAGGAGGUGGAGACGAGAUCAAGACGCUCGUCUGCAGCGGUGGCGUCGCAAGCAACAGCUUUCUCCGAAGGAGGCUGCGCGAGCAUCUCGACGGGUUAGGAAGGGCCGAUGUGGAUCUUCAGUUCCCACCACUGUCGCUGUGUACCGACAAUGCAGCUAUGAUCGCAUGGGUCGGUCAUCUCAUCUAUGAUCAAAGGACGCAAGAUUACAGUCGUCAUGCGAGGCCGAAGUGGAGUAUGGAAGAUAUUCAACGGUGA